CUGGAACUUAAUGUUUACCAUCUUGUACCAUUUUUCAGGAUCACAGUCCUGAAAAAGAUUCUGGGCCAAGCCAGAAGACAAAUAAGUACGUGAUCAGAAAUCUGUAGCGCAAGCAAGUCUUUUGCACUUUCCCACUACAGAGGGUUUAUCGUGAGUGAUCUGGUACAUUUCUUUCCAGCUUACACACCUCUCACAAGAUUGGACCGAGGGCACAUCCCAAAGGAGCAGGCACUUUAACUACUCUAUACAAGCUAAACAAACAAGAAGUACCUUGGCCCUAUCACUCGUCUUCACUGCACGUUCACCUCACACUGGCAGAGCUUUAUGAUUUAACUAGAGGCUUCAUGUGCUUUGGUUCUGUGACAAAAGUGCAUUUCCAGAUCUACUAUCAUUGAAGACCUGAGAAGGGCCUUUUCCUCUUAAAAAAAUUGUUUGAAAUGUGCGUCGUGGCAAUGGACAAAGGGCAGCUCUAGCGAACGUGGCACAUUAUUAUUACAUAAAAAAUCUCAGCCCCUACUAGCACCCUGCACUCCAGACCCCCACUUGCAGACACAUCCAGGAAGGACUACAAAACAGAGACUUCUGGGGGCGGAAGUGACGACAGGCGCAAAGCAUGCUGGUCUCGGGCGCGCUCUGCUCAAGGCAUCUUCUUCACAGCGUGGUGGUCAGAUCUAGUUACCUGGCAGCUAUGGGAGAAUGGAUGAAGAAAGGCCCCUUAGAAUGGCAAGAUUACAUUUACAAAGAAGUCAGAGUGACAGCCAGUGAGAAGAACGAGUAUAAAGGAUGGGUUUUAACUACAGACCCAGUCUCUGCCAAUAUCGUCCUUGUGAACUUCCUUGAAGAUGGCAGCAUGUCUGUCACCGGAAUUAUGGGACAUGCUGUGCAGACUGUUGAAACUGUGAGUGAAGGGGACCAUAGAGUGAGAGAGAAGCUGAUGCAUUUAUUCAUGUCUGGAGACUGCAAAUCAUACAGCCCUGAGGAUCUGGAAAAGAGAAAGAACAGCCUAAAGAAAUGGCUUGAGAAGAACCACAUUCCCAUCACUGAACAGGGAGAUUCGAAGAGGACUCUCUGUGUGGCAGGGGUCCUGACUAUAGACCCACCAUAUGGUCCAGAAAAUUGCAGCAGCCCUAAUGAGAUUAUUCUGUCCCGUGUUCAAGAUCUCAUUCAAGGACAUCUUGCAGCUUCUCAAUGAGAGGCCAAGAAUUGUGGACACACUGAUUGAAACAGACUUUUUUCCCCUUCAUAAAAUGUGUUGAAUGUAA